GAGUCCGUUUGCAGUUGCGCGGGAUGGAGCUCCAAGGCAGCAAUGUUUCUCACCUCGGUGUGUGGCGCCCUGAAGCCAGGUUGGCCACUCGCUUACUGGGGUGGAAUGUUCCUGCCGAGGAGUUAAUCCACAUCCCGGAGCACUGGCUGACAUUCCCCGAGCCAGAGGCAUUCAGCCACUACCUCCUUGGCAUGCUGUAUGUAGCAUUCUGUGCUAUAGCUCUCGUGGGAAAUGGACUGGUCAUCUGGGUCUUCAGUUCAGCCAAGUCUCUUCGCACUCCUUCUAAUGUAUUUGUUAUAAAUCUUGCAAUUUGUGAUUUUAUCAUGAUGUUAAAAACACCCAUUUUUAUAUACAAUUCAUUUAAUUUGGGUUUUGCAAUGGGGCAGCUGGGAUGUCAAAUUUUUGGUUUCAUGGGGUCAAUUUCAGGCAUAGGAGCUGCAACAACAAAUGCAUGCAUUGCCUAUGACAGAUACAGAGUUAUUGCUCGACCAUUUGACAGUAAAAUGUCAAUAAAAGGUGCCACAAUGCUAGUCCUACUGCUCUGGACAUAUACUCUACCAUGGGCAAUAAUGCCUCUUUUGGAAGUGUGGGGAAGAUUUGCUCCUGAGGGCUAUUUAUCCAGUUGCUCAUUUGAUUAUCUCACAGACACCCCUGAAAAUAAUAUGUUUGUUCUCUGUAUAUUCAUUUGUUCCUAUGUUAUUCCAAUGAGCCUGAUAAUUUAUUUUUAUUCUCAAAUUGUAAGUCAUGUGGUAAAUCAUGAAAAAUCACUUAAAGAACAGGCUAAGAAAAUGAAUGUGGACUCUCUACGAAGCAAUCAACAGCAAAAUCAAACAUCUGCUGAGAUACGCAUUGCCAAAGUUGCCAUUGGCAUAUGCUUUCUGUUUGUUGCUUCAUGGACUCCAUAUGCAGUAUUGGCUCUAAUUGGUGCAUUUGGCAACAAAACACUUCUAACACCUGGAGUAACAAUGAUUCCGGCCUGCACUUGCAAAGCUGUAGCUUGCCUCGACCCUUAUGUGUACGCAAUCAGCCAUCCACGCUAUAGAGUGGAGCUCCAAAAGCGAUUGCCAUGGCUUUGCAUAAAGGAACAGACGGCAAGUGAUGCAAGUUCAGUUGCAACAACAACAUCAACAAAUGCUACUACGACAACUUCUACAUAAAGAAACUAAUUGCAACAGGUUACAUUUUUUCUGCAUUUUGAGUGUAUAAUGAGAAAAAAUAACAGAAACAUCUUUAAUGUUGUAAAAUUCUAAUCUUGAUUGUUUGUAUAAUUCUGACUAGGCUUGUUUCUGGUACAUUCUUGGGUAAAUGAUUUAGAAUUUGUAAAACUCACAAAAUGUGAAAAAUAUCUAAAUUAUGUUUCCACAACCCAGCCUACCUAAAUCAAUUUUGAAAAGUAAUUGCAAGUAAUUUAUUUUCACUUUCAUGAGGUGAUCUACAAGUUGGCACACAUCCAUCACAUUUUUGGUCCCAAUCUUUCAGUAAUUAAUUACAUUAAUGAAUAAAGUAAUCUUAAUCAAAAGAAGAAACCAA